CCAGUCCACUCCUCUAUAAAGCCCACAGAUGCUAGGAGCUGCCAGAGCUUAGCCUGGAUGGAGCGGAGACGCAUUACCUCAGCGGCUCGCCGCUCCUAUGUCUCUUCCUCAGAGACAGUGAUGGGGGGCCUGGGUCCCAGCCGCCGCCUGGGACCUGGCACCCGUCUUUCCCUAGCUCGAAUGCCCCCUCCACUCCCAGUCCGGGUGGACUUCUCCCUGGCCGGGGCACUCAAUGCUGGCUUCAAGGAGACAAGGACCAGUGAGCGGGCAGAGAUGAUGGAGCUCAAUGACCGCUUUGCCAGCUACAUCGAGAAGGUGCGCUUCCUCGAGCAGCAGAACAAGGCACUGGCUGCUGAGCUGAACCAGCUCAGGGCCAAGGAGCCUACCAAGCUGGCUGAUGUCUACCAGGCAGAGCUGCGCGAACUACGGCUGCGGCUCGAUCAGCUCACCGCCAACAGCACCAGGCUUGAGGUGGAAAGAGACAACCUGGCCCAGGACCUGGGCAUCCUGCGGCAGAAGCUCCAAGAUGAAACCAACCUGAGGCUGGAGGCAGAGAACAACCUGGCCACCUACCGACAGGAGGCAGAUGAAGCCACUCUGGGCCGGUUAGAUCUGGAGAGGAAGAUUGAGUCUCUGGAGGAGGAGAUCCGGUUCCUGAGGAAGAUCCAUGAGGAGGAGGUGCAAGAGCUCCAGGAGCAGCUGGCCCGGCAACAGGUCCAUGUGGAAUUGGACAUGGCAAAGCCAGACCUCACAGCAGCCCUGAAAGAGAUCCGCACGCAGUAUGAGGCAGUGGCGUCCAGCAACAUGCAUGAGGCGGAGGAGUGGUACCGGUCCAAGUUUGCAGACCUGACAGACGCUGCCGCCCGCAACUCUGAGCUGCUCCGCCAGGCCAAACACGAGGCCAACGAUUACAGACGCCAGCUGCAGGCCUUAACCUGCGACCUGGAGUCCCUGCGCGGCACAAACGAGUCCCUGGAGAGACAGAUGCGGGAGCAGGAGGAGCGCCAUGUGCGGGAGGUGGCCAGUUAUCAGGAGGCGCUGACCCGAAUGGAGGAGGAUAGGCAGAGCCUCAAGGACGAGAUGGCCCGCCACUUGCAGGAGUACCAGGAGCUGCUCAACGUCAAGCUGGCCCUGGACAUCGAGAUCGCCACUUACAGGAAGCUGCUAGAGGGCGAGGAGAACCGCAUCACCAUUCCUGUACAGACCUUCUCCAACCUGCAAAUCAGAGAAACCAGCCUGGACACCAAAUCCGUGUCUGAAGGCCACCUCAAGAGGAACAUCGUGGUGAAGACUGUGGAGAUGCGGGAUGGAGAGGUCAUCAAGGAGUCCAAGCAGGAGCACAAGGACAUGAUGUAA